AUUUCUUUUUUGUUGGAGGGAUAUGAAUCUAUGAUAGUGUAGCGUUGGAUUGAGAUUGAAUUUGAAAGAAAAGAGGAUUGGACCAGGCCAUCCUGCCUGAAACUGAAAGUACAGGGAUCAAAUCCUUGGAUUGGGGGCGGCUAUAAUGGAGAUAAUUCAAGCACCUGCCGGUUGCUUCGACCUUCUUCACCAAAAGCCAUUCCAUUCUCCCUCGAUUUCGAUUCGCAACGGAAUUUCAUCACUCUCUCUCGCCUCCAUUAAAACUUCACCUCUUUCUCUCAACAACUCUCGCAAACUCCUCACAGCCUCCUGCUCCCUUCUCGACGAUGCUGUCUCAGGUUCUGCAGUUCAGACUUUUGAGGUCGAUCCCAUGUUAGAUAUCAAGAAGAAGGCAAUGGUUGUAUCCCCUGGAUUGAAAGGAACUUCCAUAUAUCUUGUUGGCAUAAACAGCACAAUGAAAACAAGAUUGGGGAAUCUUCUGGCAGAGGCACUCCGGUAUUAUUAUUUUGACAGCGAUAAUCUGGUUAUGGAAGCAGCUGGUGGUGAAGCUGCAGUAAAACAACUUCUGGACAUGGAUAAAGUCGGACUCCGUGAAUCAGAGACUGAAGUGUUGAGGCAAUUAUCAUCAAUGGGGCGCCUGGUUGUUUCUGCUGGAGAUGGUGCUGUUCAAAGCUCAACCAAUUUGUCACUUUUGAGACAUGGUAUCUCGAUCUGGGUGGAUGUUCCUUUGGAUUUGGUAGCCAAGGAAAUAGUUGAAGGUGGGGUUCGACUUUUUGGAUCAGAUAUUUCACCUACUGCAUCUCAUUCCGAGGUGUUAAGUCAGGUAGCCAUGCUAUACAAACAAAUGCAAGAAGGAUAUGCAAUAGCAGAUGUAACCAUUUCACUUCAGAAAGUUGCAGGUGGUUUGGGUUAUGAAGAUGUAGAGUCAGUUAGUGCUGAAGACAUGGGAAUGGAGGUGCUGUCGGAGAUAGAAAAACUUAUAAGAGUAAAGAAGAUGAUGGAAGAUGCUGCGAGACCAUUUUAAAGCUUGUUGUAUUUAUGGUGAGGAGUACAAUGUAAUUUAGCUUGUACACAUGCCUGUUUAUUAUCUAUAUCAAUUGUUUAAAUUAUAUAA